UUCCUCCGUUCAAAUACGUACUUUUAAGCUCAGCACUUUACAUAGAAAAAAAAAAUCAUCUUCACCUUUUUUCUUCCGGGAAACUCACCACUCCUAUUUCCAGUGGAACAAUCAUUUUCCAUAGGGAGUGCGUGACUUCAAACCUCCGUAAUAAGUAUAGGAUCUACAAUACAUGCGAAUAGAACAGCUCGACCAAAGGUAUCGCUUACCAUCGAAUUCAGCUACAAUAGCCACGGUAUUACUGGAAAAGUGUUAGCUACCUGGGGGAGCCCUACCAGCUGUUACUCAUACAUACUGAAGUACGCAAUCACAGUUCAAACACUUUAGUAUCAUGUACAAUUCACGACUAAAUUAUUGGAUCAUCCCAUAUUCAAAUUGAAGAAAAUAACGCCUGAUAGCAUGGAAGUUAUAAAUCGAUCAUUCACUUUUUAUAAAAGAUUUUUAGAGGGAAAGGAGGAAUAUCCCUCAUAAUACCAUUCUCUCAUCGAUACCUUGCAAUUGCAAAAAUAUCAUGUACACCAGAGGGGCGACUAAGACGCCGCCAGGUUAUACGCACCGUAGCGUACUGAAUAUGUUUAUCAUACUCUCAAAAUUAUGUGGUAUUUGGAAUUUCGACGAGUCAACAUCUGUUAUUUUACGAUUUUUUUAUUUCAUUUAUAAAACUAUUAUUUAUACCAUCAUUAUGAUUUUCUUUAGUACGCUCUUCGCACAUUUACUGCUCAACUAUGGAGAUCUACUCAUUGCGACUGAUGAUGCAUGUUACUUAGCUGGAAUAUCUGUUAUCAUUUUCAAGUUAUUUAUUUUCGCCAGACAACACGGAAACAUACAAAAUCUCAUCGAGGAGGUCUACAGACCGCUGGACGUGCUAUCGCAAUCGUCCGAUGUGGGAGUACAAAGGCUCUUGAAAGUAACAUUUUUCUACGAAAGGAUAUUGCUAUACUUUUUCAUAAUCCUAGCGGGAUUUCUCGUGAUCGCUCUGAUGGUAUUCGUACCAAAAUCCGAUGGUGAACUUCCCAUAAAGACGAGCUUUCCCUUCGAUACCACCAUCUCACCAGGUCAUGAGAUAGCCAUGUGCCUGCAAACAGCAGCGAUUACAUUUGGCUUGUAUUCAAUUGUUGCAAUGGACAGUUUGGCCAUCAACAUUUGCAGAUGCCUCAGUAUACAAUUGCUCACAUUGGCUUCCAAUUAUCAAACAUGUAUAGUUCAUGUGUAUAAUCGCUGCCGACUGAAACCAUCAUCUCUUACCUCCAGUCCAUCAAAAGAACCAUCAGUAUUGAAAGCAAACGAAGACCUCAUCAUGUCUGGCUUCGUUCCCUUCCGGAGGGAAGAAGAGCGAGAACAUAGAGACUCUUUCGUUAAAAGAUUCACUCUUUGUGGGAUUAAUCACCAGAGGAUAAUCCGUACAAUCGACGAAUUCAACGUCAUCUUUAGCAGCUGCAUGCUCAUGCAGGUCUUCUCAAGCUUUUCCAUGAUAUGUUUCGCGGGUUUUCAAGCCGUUCUUGGAUCAUCGUCUAAGGAAAGCGUGUUGAAGUUCAUUAUCUAUCUCGGUGCAGCACUCUCUCAAUUAGUUAAUUGGUGUUGGAGUGGAAAUCAACUUAUGUACCAGAGUACCUCGUUGUUCGAGAGUCAAUGGCAGUCCGGCUGGGAGCAUCAGCUCGAUAAUCAUGAAGUUAAAACACUGAUGCUCAUGUCAAUGAUGAGAACAAAAAAUCCACUGCAAUUACGAGCUGGAAAUUACUAUACCAUGUCCAUGCACACCCUCAUCUCAGACCGUAACCGAAGCAGUAUGAGUCUGCGGGUUUUCCUGAUGUCUUUGAAUGACAACGAUGGUGCCACUGACUUUUUACACCACUCCGUCAUAAUUAUCUUAAUGGGAAAAAUAUGUCAAUGCUGGUAAAUCAUCAGUUUUAUAUGUUCGUUAUCUUUUUAGGAUAUCUCUUUGGAAUCUCAUGUGAAUAAGUACGUAAUCAUUGAACUGGUGGUGACAAUUUUCAUCGUUGUGGCAAACUGGUUGUUGUCCACUCGGCGCGAUACUCCCGUCCGUUUUACGAUCAUGAAACUUCCCAAAAAACAGGAUUUCUAUUCCGGGAUCUCCUGCUGCCACGUGGUGCAGGGAGCCAACUGACCAAUCGUCAAUCGUUAUCGGAUUAUAUAUAGGUUAUCCCCUGUUUCAAGUUGAUCGUGCUGUUGAUUUUUUUUUUCACUAAUUAUCGAAUGAGAGCCGUGUGAUUUCUUCCAUUGUCACAUGUGUAAACCGCUGGAUUCACUCUCCUUUUACUUACGGAUUUUAUCGUGUACCGGGUGUAACAGAGUCGGUGACACACUGGCAUGAAGAUGGUAGCGUGUGAUUACAAGGUGGCAUUUCUCUCACAAUUUAUCUCUGCAUCCACAAUGUCUUUCCACUGAGAGAUUAAAUAUAAAAUAUUUCAUUCAAUUAAAUUAAUAGUAGUACAAUUAUGUCAUGAAGAUGAUUUCUCGUGUUUAUAAAUCUCAGCACGGGAGAUUUAAAUGGCUUCUCAUUUUCUCCAAAUUUGCCCCCUUUACUUGCCCAGCAAAGUGGGUGCAGAUUUUCUAUCGUCUUCAUGGGCGGUACUGGGACUUUCAUUGGAGAACAGGAAAAUUUUUUCUCUGAUUUUUUUUUUCCAAAAUAUUCUAGAAUUGUUUUCUCUGUUUGAAGCUGAAAAUUCUACGCACGAGUUGUCACAAUCUUGUUGAAACACGUGCUUGCAUCCAUGUAUAAGUCAAAUGUAUACUUCUAACUCGACAAUCUGCACACUCCUAUUUUACUCACCCUGAGGAUAUAUAAUUAUGCGAAUUCCGUGGAAAUCAGAACUUCUUUGUCCACACCGCGCGUGCACACGCGAGAGAACUAGACUCAUAAUGCGGAAAGACAUCCUUGAGAUUGACGUGUUGCUCUCAUAAAAAAAAAUUAAUGCCCGGAGUGCUUUGCAGUUAUCAGCAGAACAAAAUUAUCGGUAAUACGGAUUCUGUAAUAUAUUUUUUCUGGUGAGAAGAGGUAAUGAAAAAUGUAAACAACUGGGUCAUUCUUUUUUUUUGUUUCCAUUAUUCUCAUGAAAGGAUGAGUUUCUUUUAAUGAUGUUAUCGGCAGAUCGAUGUACUAAGAAUUCAGGAGACACGAUCACCGAUAUCCGUUACCGCUAAUUACAAGUUUUAAUUGAUUUAAUUGCUCAGAUGGUCUCGUGAUGAUGGAAUGGUGAAAUUUCGUCUGGAGUACGAUCGAUGAAAGCAAAUGAGACGCGGGAGAAGUGGACGUGAAUGAAAGAAAUGCCACGAUGAUGUAUGUAAAUGAAUGAAGAGAAAAAGACGAAAAUUAGACUUUAUAAGUUUACAUGCAAAUAAACUUGGUGUAUCGAAUCCUCUGAGAAUAAAUGGAAAAAUAAAUAUUCUGCUCAACGUACAGAAUUAAUAAGCAAAAGUAAAAAUAAUUAAUUAUGGAGAGAAAUCCUGAGGGAGAAGUGAUUUUUCCUAGUUCUCCCGAUAAAUAUCAUCCAACAGUCAUUUGCAAAUCCAGUUGAGGGUGCAGGCAGUGUAAUUUUUAUAGUAUUUUUUUCGUAUGAUAAAAGGGAUGAUUUUGCAGAAGGUGUGUUGGUCUGACAGGCCAUGACGGGAUCACUUCCUAGACAGAUGCCGCAGCUUUGCCACAUGUUAUCCUAACUGUUAGUCAGCAUGAGUACUUUCCCCCUCUUCAUCCAUUACUGUAUGACGUUUCACUAUUAUCAUUUCUACAUCAGAGAUCCAUAUCCGAUGUUAACUCUCGUAUCGCAUACAUAAUUUGUCAGAGAAUCGACGAAAGCCAGUGAC